AUGGAAGACAGCCAAUUUGAGCCUGUAUAUGAAGGUGCAUCUUCAUCUUCUUAUUAUGAACCAGUCAGGAAGCGAAAAAAACGUAGUGUUAAAGCUAGGCUCAAAAAUGAAUUCAGAUUUUACAGAAGCGACAAUGAAGGUAAUAUCUUUAAAUAUUUUUGUUUCAAUUUAUUUGUAUUAUACAUGCAUAUUGUUACAUUUACAGUUGACAAUUUACUUUUUGAUCAUCUUUUACGUUAUUUUGAAAUAUCAAAGACACGAUUUCAUGGAAUCAAUUAUAAAAAAGUAAGUUUAUGCACCUUGAUACAGGUUUUAGGUAACGUUUGAGAAUAAAAAUAUAAAUUAUUGAUAUGUUUAUCUUUUAGAGUGUUCUUAACUACUUGAAUCUACUCAGCUCCCAUGGUCUGGAUCAAAAUGUUUAUGCUUGUAAGUUCUUUUAAAUACAUUGUUUUACUGUAAAUCCAAAGUAAUUUUUGUAUGAUGUAAUUUAAAUAAUUUUUAGCUAUGCCCGGAUGUGAAGCUUAUUGGCGUAAAAACUACAACAAUGUUCCUCUGCCGAAUAUGAAGAAAUUGUAAGUUUUUAAGAUUUUUAAGUUUAUUCUUUUUUAGGCUUCUAAAGUUAGGAGAGAUGGAGGAUAACGUGGGCCUGGAGUUAUGGGACCAUGCUUUCUUUAACAUACCUGUACUGUAAGUUUUUGUUUGUUUGUUUAGCAAUACUUUUGUAUUAUAAGGAAUGCACAAACAUAUAUUGGCUUCAUUAAACUUAUGUUGGUACUAUAUUAUUACAAAUUUCUUUUCUAGAACAUCAGAUGAAGCUCUGGAUUUUGUGUUUCGUGCUUCUAUUGUGAACUGUCACCAGAAUGCGGUCUUCUUUGAGUGCGAAAAAGAUUAUAUCUCAUUAUCAACGAUGUUGGGAGCUAUAGAAGCACGUAAGAUAACAACCUAUAAGAAGUACUGUGUCAGACCUCAUUCUCCUUAUCUUCCUACGUUGUUUUUGUGUGCUAUGCAACGUAAUCUGAACUUGUUAUUGCCAAAUGAUCUGCUUAACACGACGAUUGCGACAGUAGGUUUCACUUUUGUGAUUUUGGGUUUUUAGGUAAGAGAUAUUGGAUUUGUCUUCUCAAAACUGUUAUUUCGAUAAUAUUGUUUGACUUUAGGUAGUGAACGUAUUCAAGAGUAUUUCACACGGUCUGCAAGACUGGGUGCGGAAUCCCAGUGCUUUCUUUGAAUUGAAUUCUUUUAUUUUUAAAAUAGCUAACGGGUUGAAAGACGAAGCUUUUGACCAGGGAAACGCGAUCGCCUUGUCCGGAGCUUUCAGAUUUAUUGGCAACGGGGUGAGUUUUUUUUCGUUAUUAUUAUGUUUACAUUGUUUUAUGUUUAAGUAUUUUAUUAUUGUUUGUAUUUUUAUCUUAUGUCAAGGGUAUUAUAAACGCAAUUAUGAAGUUUGUUCAUUAAUUUGUUUUAGUACAGCAGAAUACACGAAUGGCUUCAUUUGUACAACCAAUUUGUGAGGUACAAAGACAACAGAACUGAAGAACAAGCUUCUUCACUAUUAGAUGUCUGUCUGUUCCAAAUGGAGUCGGCAUCGGUCGAUUAUUGGUCGGAAGCAUUGAUUUUGGUAAUGGUAACUUUGGAGUUGAUGACAGAUUUGGAUGACUUUGACAACUUUUCGAGAGUGAUCGAAGUAUGUCGUUAUGCUCCAUCUCUGUUUCCUACUGUACAUAGAAUAUUAACUAAACGAGGUCGAGAAGAUGUGUUGAACAAACUGAUUGGAGAGGUAGUUUAAUUAUAUAUUACGUUCACUGCACUUUUUCAUGGCUUAAUGAUUUUAUAAACUUUUUAUUUUAAAAUGGUUACGAUAUAAUUUUAAUAUCUAAAUUAUAAGUAUAACGUUUUAGGUGUUAAAGGGAAAUGCUUCUGAACUUGCCGGUUAUUCUGAAUUGAAAGCAAUCUUACACACAAGGGCAGUUCAGCCAGAAAAUUUUGGUGUUAGAGAUGAUGUCAUCUCGGACAACAUACCAGCCGUCUUUCGUAUGUUAGAUGUUGGCAGGAAUCGGACUGAUUUAACAAUAUGGAGAUCUUUAUAUGAAACCUUGAGAAGGAUUGAAAGUCAGCCAGAGAAGUUCAGGUCAUUCUACGAGCGACGCAAGAAUUGGUGGCCAAAGUUUCACUCUGUCGCAGUUGAUGCGGAAUGCCAAAAAAUACGGAAAAAGUGUUUCAAACGGCUUGAGAAAUGUCUAUUAUAAUAUGUUGUGAGAUGUUAAAGAUUUUAUAUUAUUGUUGAUAUUGUUUUCAUUGUUAAUUAUUGUUGAGUUUUUGUUAUUAAUAAAACUGUUAUGACUAAUAGGAUAUGAAAGUUGAGAGUAAUUUGUUAUGACAGUAGUAUAUUUGUUUUUAAAGUUAUUGUAUAAAAAAACAGGUGGACUGUACUAUUGAUUAACUAAUUGUUUAAAAUUGUAGAAUGGACGAGUAUAAUGAGAAAGAUAUCGUACUGAUAGAGCACCCGGCUGUCAUAAAAAACAGCGAAAAAGGGUUGGACACAUUGGGAGGAAUGAGCGAGAUUAUCGAUGUAAGUUAUCAACCUUUUAGUAUAUGCAAUUGUAUGUUAAAGAGAAUUCAGUAUACUUUUGGUAUUUAAAUUUAGGCUUUGAAAGGAAGCAAGACUUUGGAACUGCGGUUUAACCCAGAGAACAUCUACCAGAAUGGCAUCCAAGCAGAGAAGAAGAACAUGGUGGCAGGGUUAUCAGGGUUGAUGCAGAUUGUAUUCAAGAUACGACGGAAGAAGUCGAACCCAGAUGUCUGUGAGACUGAAUGUUUGGGCGUAGUAAGUAAAGAUAUUUCUAGUUAAUAAUGUAGUGUUUAGAUAAGCAAUGUUUACACUUUCUCAUCGAUGGCAGACUUCCAAUACCUUCCAGUCAGAACUUCGAACAAGUUGUCAUCAGAAGGAACAUUGUACGAAGAUUUGGUACCCAGGCUAGUACCGACUAGUCUUCAUACAGCUUUCAGUUGGUUUAAUCACAAAGAACCCGGAGGGCAGCUGACUCCACGGUUUCUGCCACCUUACAUAUUCAGUAGGUACACUACUGGAGCUUCUACCAAGAUUUUGUCUCACGAAGCUGAGAAGCCGGAAUUGACUGGGAAGGUAUCUCAUGGACAAAGUAAGCAAAUCUAUUUAAAAAACAAUAUCAGAUACCAAUAACUAUAUUGUAAUCGUCUAAACACUUUAUAGUUGUUGUUUAAAUGAUUUGGUUUUAGAUCUGAGAACGGAACGAAAGGCCUAUACAUUAACAUUGCAACACAACGACGUCUUCCCUGAUGCUCCUAGUGAACAAGCGAUUGCAGAUGUAGAGUCCCGAGUAAAGAAUCCGGAGCCACAUCGUUUACUGAAAGAGCUAUUUGAGGAACGGCCAAUGUGGAACAGAGUCGCCAUUCAGUGCAGGACAAAACUUGAUGACGGUAUUCUGAAGUAGGUUCUAAAUCUUAAAGUCUUUGUUAGUUUAUUAUUUUAAAAAACCUUUUUGGCUUAAAUAACCUGUUGUAAUUGCUACUGAAAAUCUACUUUGAAUUUAAAAAACCUUUACAGAGUUUUAAUGGCCAAAUACGCCUUCUACAUCUACAGUGGACCGUGGGGAAGGUUAUGGUGCAAGUUCGGUUACGAUCCACGAACUACUCCAGAAGCACGAAAGUACCAGACGGUCGUAGUUUCUUUUAGAAAACAUACCAAGAUACCAGAGAGACAUAAAAGGCUACGAGUCAGCUACACCGACUCCAAGGUCCCGCUCAGGAUGGACGAGGACUUUAUUUACACCCCAGGGCAUCUGCCGGCUGUCAGACAGAUGUGGUACUCCAUCUGCGACAUUCAUUUGCCGGUCGCUCAGAAGGUGGUCCAGAAUGAUUAUUGCUCUGCGCUUGAUCACUACGAUCCUAUGACUGGCUGGGUUACUCCUGUAAGUUACCGUACAAGUUACAAUAACUCUAGCUUAUAUUAUGUUGAAUCGUGUUUACGUUACAUUUUGUCUUUCAAAGGCCACUUGUAUCUUUACUACUUAUAUUAUAAUUGAUUUUGCAAACUAUUUUAUCUACGCUUUCAAGUACAACUAACAAUAACAAUCUCUACAAUAAUAGGAAUCACAUGAAAGAUAAGAACGAUGGUUCCGUGUUGAUACCGGAUCUGAUUUCAGGAAACAAUCAAGAACAUACGACAAUCGAUCAAGGAAGACGUCAGGAGAACAUCGAAACAGCUCGAGCUGGCUGAUCCCGAGACGGGCGAUGCCAAUCUGUCGGAUGGCAGCGACAACAGCGAGAUGAACGACAUGAUGAACGAGGACGGGACGUUAGUGGAGAUCGCGGAGUGGUGA